AUGAAGGCACGCUAAGCCGGACUGGAGCGGGGCGUCUCAGAGGCUGCGCUCCUUCAGAGCCCAAGGACUUACAGCUUCCUCCGCUGCUGCCUUUCUGUGCCAAGAACCCCCCAAAAGUUGUGAUGCUUUUCUUUACCCAGUGCUUUGGGGCUGUGUUAGAUCUCAUUCACCUCCGGUUUCAGCACUACAAGGCUAAACGGGUUUUCUCCGCCGCUGGGCAACUUGUCUGCGUGGUCAACCCCACACACAACCUAAAGUAUGUGUCCAGUCGACGCGCCAUCACUCAGAGCACUGCGGAACAAGGCAGCUUCCACCCUCACCAUCUCACGCACCACCACCGCCACCACCGCCACCACCACCUCCUGCGCCACCAUUCCCACCCCCACCUCCUCCACCACCAGGAGGCAGGGCUGCAUGCUACCCAGGUGACACCCUGCAUGUGCCCCUUGUUCUCUUGCCAGUGGGAAGGGCACCUGGAGGUUGUAGUGCCCCACCUGCGGCAGAUCCACAGGGUUGACAUCCUUCAGGGAGCGGAGAUAGUCUUCCUGGCCACGGACAUGCACCUCCCUGCACCAGCCGAUUGGAUCAUCAUGCACUCCUGCCUUGGCCACCACUUUUUGCUGGUGCUUAGGAAACAGGAGAGGCAUGAAGGGCACCCCCAGUUCUUUGCCACUAUGAUGCUCAUCGGGACCCCCACCCAGGCUGACUGCUUCACCUAUCGCCUGGAGCUCAAUAGAAACCAUCGGCGCCUCAAAUGGGAGGCCACUCCCAGGUCUGUCCUUGAGUGUGUGGAUUCAGUGAUCACCGAUGGGGACUGCCUCGUCCUCAACACCUCACUGGCCCAGCUCUUCUCUGACAAUGGCAGCCUGGCCAUUGGAAUUGCUAUCACUGCAACAGAGGUCCAUGCCACAGAAGCCGAGUGAGGCCAGGAGCCACUGGGCACUCACACACAGCCACCCCUCCACCAAGACACUCUGCCUGUGCUUCUCAGACCUCUGAAUGCCAGGA